AUGGCCGCUAACGGCUCUCUGCCGCCCCGUCCUGAACCAACCAACGGAUUUCCAAACCCCAAAUCUUCUCCGCCAUUCUUGCCUCUCCCGACUCCCCCCCUACCCUAUUUCAAAACAUUUCAAACCACUCUACGCCUCCUUCCUCUCCUCUCAUCCCCCAUCCACUCUCUCGCCCCUGAGGCACCUGAUCGCACUAUCUCCUCCCGGCGACAGUCCGCCGCCCGUCCCCGCCCCGCCCAGCCCCGCCCGCUCGACGAGGCUGCGCCUGGUUGUGAAGAGAAUCGCGUCUGCAGGGUGCUGCUGCGGUGUCCCCCUCUCGCUAUGAGUAGCGCUGUGAAGGACCAGCUGCAGCAGAUAUCGACGACGUGCGAUUCACUCCUGUUGGAGCUCAACGUGAUUUGGGAUGAGGUCGGUGAGCCCGACAUGGCGAGGGACCGGAUGCUGCUGGAGCUCGAGCAGGAGUGCCUCGACGUCUACAGGAGGAAGGUCGAUCAGGCCAAUCGGUGCAGGGCCCAGUUGCGGCAGGCCAUUGCGGAGGCAGAGGCCGAACUCGCUGGCAUCUGCUCGGCCAUGGGCGAACCACCGAUACAUGUUAGACAGUCAAAUCAGAAGUUACAUGGUUUGAGGGAGGAAUUGAAUGCGAUUGUCCCAUACUUGGAGGAGAUGAGAAAGAAGAAAGUUGAAAGAUGGGACCAAUUUGUUGAUGUCAUAGAGCAAAUUAAGAAGGUUGUAUCUGAAAUCAGGCCUGCAGAUUUUGCACCCUUUAGAAUUCCUGUGGAUCAGUCUGAUCUGUCAUUGCGAAAGCUGGAGGAGCUAACGAAAGAGCUACAAUCCCUUCAGAAGGAGAAGAGUGAUCGGCUGAAACAAGUGAUGGAACAUCUUAACACUUUGCAUUCGUUAUGCGAGGUGCUUGGUGUAGACUUCAAACAAACAGUACAUGAGGUGCACCCUAGCCUGUGUGAGACUGAUGGAUCAAAGAACCUAAGCAACAGUACAAUUGAGAGUCUUGCAUCAGCUGUAAACAGAUUGCGUGAAUUGAAAGUCCAGAGGAUGCAAAAGCUUCAAGAUUUGGCAUCUAGCAUGCUUGAACUUUGGAAUCUCAUGGAUACACCACUUGAAGAGCAGCAGAUGUUCCAGAAUGUAACCUGCAAUAUUGCUGCUUCAGAACAUGAAAUAACUGAGCCUAACACCCUCUCUAUUGACUUCCUCAGCUAUGUGGAAUCUGAAGUUUUAAGGCUUGAACAACUUAAAGCGAGCAAGAUGAAAGACCUUGUUCUGAAAAAGAAGACAGAAUUGGAAGAGCAUAGGAGACGUGCUCAUUUGAUUGGCGAGGAGGGUUAUGUAGCCGAAUUUAGCGAGGAGGCUGUUGAGGCAGGAGCUGUUGAUCCUGCACUGGUGCUGGAACAAAUUGAGGCUCACAUUGCCACAGUGAAAGAGGAAGCUUUUAGCCGGAAGGAUAUCCUCGAGAAGGUUGAAAGAUGGCUGAAUGCAUGUGAGGAGGAAGCUUGGCUGGAAGAUUACAACAAAGAUGGCAAUCGUUAUAAUGCCGGGAGGGGGGCCCACUUGACACUCAAAAGGGCUGAGAAAGCUCGUAUUUUGGUUAACAAGAUCCCAGGACUGGUAGAUGUUUUGACCACAAAAAUUGUAGCUUGGGAGACAGAAAGAGGAAAGGAGUUCACAUAUGAUGGUGUCCGCCUUCUGUCAAUGCUUGAAGAGUACAUGAUCGUUCGCCAGGAGAAGGAGCUGGAGAAGAAGAGGCAAAGGGAUCAGAAGAAGAUCCAGGAUCAACUCAAAGCUGAGCAGGAAGCGCUGUAUGGAUCAAAACCAAGUCCAUCUAAGCCACAAAGCACGAAGAAGGCGCCUAGGCACUCCAUGGGUGGUGCGAACCGAAGACUGUCACUUGGUGGAACCACAACGCAAGCCCCCAAAACAGACAUAAUGCACUCCAAGACAGCUCGUGCUGCCAAGAAGGCUGAAGAUUUGGGCGCGUUAUCUCCCAGUAGUAGAGGCUUGGACAUUGCGGGUCUUCCCGUCAAGAAGUUAUCUUUCAACGCAAGCACUCUGCGAGAGGCAGAAACACCUCGCAAGCCUUUUGCCCAGAUCAUGCCAGGAAACAAUGUCUCAUCUAUUCCUGCGCGGCCCGUCUCCAAUGACACAGAGGAAGAGAACAAAACUCCCAAGACAUUUGCAGCACUCAAUCCAAAAACGCCAGCGACAAUUACGGCUCCUAUGCAGAUGGCGGUGACACCAGCUGUGGCUAACAAGGUCAUAGCCACUCCUGCAACCCUUUUCCAGAAGGCAGAGUCGCCAGCACUGCCAGGGGACAUCGAGUACUCGUUCGAAGAGAGGCGGCUCGCUGUUUACCUGGCCAGGCAAGUGGCUUAA